AUGGGGUUUGCUUUUGUUUUACACUUAAUAAUAAUUGAAUUGGUUCUAAUUUCUACCAUAUUUAUAAGGGAUCAUGGACUAGUUUUUGCAACUGAUCCAUAUGAACAGAAUGGAAAGAUGUUACAGGGUAAUAUACCUCAUAAACCAAAGAAGUUAUUGAUACCUAGUAGUAAUAUUAAAAAUAGGGUUCCAAAGAAAACUCGGAAGAAAGGAAAGAAGAAGAUAGAUAAUAGAUUAUCCCCAAUACUUGAAUCAAGAAUAUCGUCCACAAUACCUGAUGCAGUUAUACCAAUAAAAAAAGGGCAAACACACUAUGGUAUUGUCCCAACAUUUGGAGUACUAACCCCAGGAAUGCACACAACUAUUUUGGGAUAUAGGUGUACUCCAAGUUCAUUAUGUUCUAAUUCACCAGUAUUACUAGAGAACAAUGAUAAUCAAACAAUAUCUAGUCAAUUUAACGAAUAUAUAUCAUUAAAAUUAAGGUGUUUGUCACAUCCAGAUGGAUUUAUAACUAUGUUAUAUCCUUCUAAAUCUGUAGUACAGCCUUUAGUUGAAGAAACAAUUAGAACAGAGGUACAAGAAAGAAAUAUAAAAUCAGGUUCAAAUAAGUUAACACUUAAAGUUUCUUUAGUAGAUUUUGCUUCUUCUGAGGGGCUUUGUGCUCACUUAUAUCCACUAGUUCGGUGUGAGAUUAUAACAUCUAAUAUGUCAUCAUUAUCAUAUAAACCAUGGGUAAUAGUUAAUGGAUAUCAAUGGCAUAUAGUUGGAGGUACUUAUGGUAGAGUUGCAUUUGGUUUUAUAGAUUCUUCAGAUAUUGUUAUGAAUCUUCCCCAAACACGAUUUUCAUUGUACUAUAGAUUACCAAAACUGUUAAGGAAUUUCAGAGUAUUGUAUCAUGGUUCAAGUAAGCUCAAAGCUGGUUGGGUUAAAUCGGGAGUAAAGAUGGCAGUAGCUAUUAAGACUGCACUUAGAGAAAGACACAAGUCCUGGAUGCUAUAUUGGGAAAGAGAAAGGGAGUAUAGCUAUAGUUUGGCUCAACAACCUUUUGUAUUAUCGGGUAAUUUGUUGCAAUUAACUCCAACACUAUUCACUAUUCAUACAAAUUCGGUUCAUAAUGAAGAACAAAAAUUAUUUCCACCUUUAUACUCUAAUAAUAACAUGGGAAUCCAUAGUGAAAUCUUGAUUAUGGAAAAUCUACAUGUCAACAGGAUGUCUGAUAUAAGAAGAUUUUUAUUUAGUAAUAAUAUUAUUAACACACUUGAGUCCUUAACUACUGAGUGGAUGGAAUCUAAAAGUAAUAAUAUAGAUUGGAUUGAAAUUUUGAAAUCAACUAGACAUGAAUAUUUUAUUGAUAAUCUUGGUCCAUGGAGUUUAUGGUACUUUUCUGUAAUGAGUAUAUUCUCAGCUUUGAUAGCAUCACUUAGUUCUUUCCAAAUGACUGGUCAAUAUAUCCUAUAUCAUUGUGAUUUAAAUGAAAAUAAUAUUUUAUUUAUUACUUCUAUGCCAAUGUUGAGAAAUUGGAAUAAAUUUGGUAGAAGUCGAAUUCUUGAUGAAUUUAAAAGGUUGCUUAUGCUUACCCCAAAUGAUAUACGUUUUGUUGAUUUUUCAUUUGUAUGGUCAGGGAAGGAUAUAAAUUCUAGACAUUCAUUAUCUCCUUGUAAAUCACAACAAAAUUUACUUUAUUCAGAUAGUGAGAAUGUAUCAAUAAUGUUAUCCGAAUUUCUAAGACAGCACUCUUACAAAGUGCACUUUACAACAGAAUCAAAAUAUAGAAAUGAACUUUUAAAGACACUAAAUAGUCUUGCUAUUUCACUAGAGAGAUAUGAUGAAUGGUUAAAGGCAACUGAUAAGUAUAGGGGUCCAUUUAAUGAUUGGUGGCUAUCUUGGGAACCAUAUUAUGGACCUAAUGCCAAACAUUCUAUUACUGAUAGUAUAGAAGCUCUACUUAUCGGGUGCAGCCAAUUAACGCAAUUUCAUAAUUAUGGUAUUGAAAAAGAGCGAAAAAGUCUCAGGAAACAACCAACUUGCUUUAGUAUAGAAGCUUAUCUACGUGGUUACUACUUCUUCAGUUUUACUCAAAUACAACUUGCAAUGUGUGUAAUACGCAAUAUCAAAAAUUUGAGUCAUGCUAGCAAUAUAAAGAUCUUUUCAUAUUUUGAAUUUGCAAUUUAUAUGAUCAAGAUAUAUUUAUUAUUCAAAGGUUUUGGAAUGAUAAAUGACCUAAAAUCAGUAUCUUCUAUCCAAACAAGUAGCCCAGCUGAAGGUUUAGGAACUCCUCAACUAACUGUUCUUACUAAUGCAGAAGUUUACUUCUCUCAAAACACAUAUAAUGUCCCUGCAUCAAUAUGGAUUCAAGUAUGUCCUACAAGUUUUCCUGAAUUAUCUUCUAUUUGUACUGAUAUUUACAAAUGCACAAUUGAAAGCCUGAACAGAAUAGAUCUUACUUUCAAAGAAAAUAUUGGUCCUAAUAUUCAAGAAUCAAUUGAUAGUUCAAUUAAGGAAUCUAAUAUUAUUGAAGCAUUUAUUCAGUUUUGCCAUAAUGCUGAAUUAUCUGAAGAAGGAAUUCUUAUAGCUUUAAGACUUAAAUUUAGAUUUACGGAAGAUUUACUUCCGACACUUAGUGAUAUUCAAAUUACCAGUAUUGUAAAAGUGCUAUUAAAUAAUACUGAGAAACCUAUCAAUGAAAAAAAUAUCUCUAUAGCUUGUAAAAGCAAAAAAUUCAUCAGUAUGUUUAACGAGUUACUUCAUCUUAAUAUUUCAGGUGAUUUCAUGAUCAAGUUCUGUGAUAUAUAUAUGAAGAACAUAGACAAUUUGUUUGUAUACAUUGACUAA